CGGGGUCUCCAACUCAAAUCUACAGGGGUCUUCCACACUUUCAAUUUCCCACAUGUGGCACCAUCUCUCAUGUCCUGUGUGGAUUGUAUUGCCCUAAAGAUUAUUCCUCCUCCAGAGCAGAGAGGUCUGAGCAUCUGUACUGAGUGGACUCAAAGACAGGAACAAUGGAGGUGAAGGUGUCUGUGGAUGGUGUCCAGCGUGUUGUUUGUGGUGUUACAGAGGAAACAACUUGCCAAGAUGUGGUCGUAGUGUUGGCUCAAGCUCUGGGCCAACCUGGACGCUACACGUUACGGGAGAAGUUCAAAGAUUUUGAGCGGUGCAUGACGCCAAAUGAACACCUUCUGGAGACUCUGCGAAAAUACGGGGAGCAAGCCAAGGAGGUCCAGCUCAUGCUGCUCCACAAUGGACCCUCAGUCUUAGAUGAAAUGAGCAGAACAAAAGUUGGCAGGUACCAGCCCUGCCCGCCACUGAGAAGAAAGGACGCUGGCCCAAGGAUGCGGCGGGGCAGCAGUUCCCUUAGUUUGCAACGUCGAAGCUUGCCACCGUUGUCCUGUCUGAAACAAGAGGUAGAUCAGCAGAAAGAAGAGCUGAAAAGACCCAAAAGAAAGUCUCUGACGCUCAUGGAGGAGGCCUGGGAGUGGCUGGAGAGUUUGGGGAAAGGCAAGGUCUACAGUACUGCUGGUGAAAAGGAAAACAGUAAGGGAUCUGACAAAAGGAAUCGUUCAUCUUUGAACGUCUCUCUCACUGUGGAAAAGGAGAACUCAGGCCGAAGUAGCAGAGGAAAAAUCAGGGGUCAGAAGAGUUUAAACUCUGACCUGGAUCAUCAAACAUCCUGCUGCAUGGGGAGUCCAACGAAGGAGAAAGAAAGCAAACACUCAAAGAAAACUCAAGACACAAGACCGGAUGAGGUGUCAAGCCCGAGACGUGCUACAACUGAAGACGAGAGAGUCAGACUUAGAGAAACAAUAAUUCAUCAGCUUGGAUAUUUGCAGGACUUACACGUUCAGAUAUUACGUGUAGACAAGCUGAUUUCUGACCUUGAGGGAAGACAGAGGGUCAAACAAGCUGAACAAGAAGCAGAACAGAGGCUGGUUGAAGAGGAGAUGGAGCAGAUCCAGUUUUGGGAGAAUGAACUGAAAGCAGAGGAAGGUUUCGAGAGAGAUCUGCAGUGUCAGUUCCUUGAGAUGAGGACGAAGGCUGUGGAGUGCAAGACAAAACUGGAGGAGUACAAGCAACGCAUGCAUGGACUGGAUUUUUUUGCGCCACAAAACUUGGAGACAGUUCCAGAAGCUGCCACUGAGACUUCAGUGCAACAAUCUGAUCAAGAAGUAAACGUAAAUACCAACAGGAAGUUUCCACCCAGAGCAGACUCAAACCCUCCUCACGCUCUAGUUGCACCAAGUCAGAUAAAGGAGCGGCGACCCACAGGACCCACCGAGCUGAGGGAGUGGUGGACACGCUGGUCUGAAUCCCAAAGCUCUGAAUCACGGACUACAAAGAAGAUUGUUCACCGCUCUGAGCUGACCAUAUAUCUGGGCAGCACCAAAGUGUAGAAUAAAUGACCUCAGGUCAGAAAUACUACAUCACUGAUAUCAUAAAGUGUGACUGUACUCCUCCAAAUGAAGGACAUGGAUUCUCUCGUUUGCAUGUAAAUGUUUUAUUUUUAGGGAUGCACCGAUACAACUUUUUGUCAGACAUUGAAAAAGCAAAACACUUGAAAUAACGUCAUAUUUCAGUAAUGUCUGUGAGGACUAAGUCUUUUUCUCAAAAGUGCGAGGUAGGUUCUUUUUGAUGAAAUAUAAUAUAUUAUAUAUAUUGACCUCUUUCUGUAUUCUUUUGUGUAAAGCAACAAGACAUGUUGAUGUGUACCCAAUUAUCCAUCAGCACAGUAUCUUCUUUGCUUCUGUAACAAAGGGAGCCCCCUACUGGUUUCAUUGUGUAAGGAAUGAACAGUUACAGCAAAAAGUAGUGCGUCAGCUGAUGUCUUAAUGGCUGCAGAAAAUGCCUCUUCUAAGUUUCAUAAAAUCAAGAACUGUCCGUUUUGACAGUGCAACCUGCAGAACACAUUACAAUGAUAGAUGGUCUUAAGAGAUUCAAGUACUGUAAUGUUGCACUCAAAAUGUACAAUACCAGUCAAAAGUUGGGAAACACCUUCUCAUUCAAGGGUUUGUAUUUAUUUUAGUUAUUGUAAACACUGUAGAUUAAUACUGAAUACAUCAAAACUAUGAAAGAACAUAUGGAAUUACUUAAUGAACAAAACGUGUUAAACAAAGUAGAAUAUGUUUUAUAUUUUAGAUUCUGUAAAGUAGCCCCCUUUUUCCUUCAUGACAGCUUUGCACACUCUUGGUAUUCUCUCAGUCUGC